AUGGCAACAAUAACAAUGUCUCUGCGAAUACUGCUGGCAUUCGUCCUACCGCUUAUCUCGGCGCUCAAGUUCGAAAUCCAAGCCCAUCCCGGCCCCGAGGCAGCAUCAUUUCAACGAUGCAUCCGCAACUUUGUCGCCAGAGAUCAAUUGGUCGUCGUGACCGCGACUAUUAGCGGCAACAAGGGCGAUGGGCAGGUCUUGAAUAUGCAUAUCAAAGACGCAGUAGGAAACAACUACGCCCGCCCUCGCGAUGUCGCCGGCGAAUCGCGCACAGCCUUCACUGCUCACGCCGACAGCGCCUUCGACGUCUGCUUCGAGAACAUCCUCUCAUCACACGCCGGCAUCAGCCCAUCCCGCCACGUCGAGCUCGACAUUGACAUUGGCGCCGACGCAAAAGACUGGUCUGCCAUCCAAGCUGGCGAGAAGCUGAAGCCUGUGGAAGCCGAGUUGCGAAGGAUAAGCGAAGUUGCCAUCGAGAUUGUGCAAGAGCUGGAUUAUUUGCGAGGACGAGAGAUGAAGCUACGAGAUACCAAUGAGAGCACCAACGAGCGAGUCAAGUGGUUUGCUAUUGGCACUAUGGGAAUGCUGGUUGCGCUCGGUGUGUGGCAGAUUGUGUACUUGAGGGCAUACUUCAGGAGUAAGCAUUUGAUCUAA